AUGGGUGUCUUCACAUACGAAACCGAGUUCACCUCAGUCGUUCCUCCUGCUAGGUUAUUCAAAGCCCUUGUUCUAGAUGCUGACAACCUAAUCCCAAAGAUUGCUCCACAAGAAAUUAAAAGUGCUGAAAUUGUUGAAGGAGAUGGAGGUGUUGGAACCAUCAAGAAGACUAGCUUUGGUGAAGAUUUUGAAUACAGCUACGUGAAGCACCAGGUUGACGCGCUUGACAAAGAUAAGUUUGUGUAUAGCUACAGUUUGAUUGAAGGAGAUACUCUUUCAGACAAAAUAGAGAAAAUCUCUUACGAGAUUAAGUUGGUGGCAUCUGCAGAUGGAGGUUCCAUCAUAAAGAACACCAGCAGCUACCACACCAAAGGUGAUGUUGAGAUCAAGGAAGAGCAUGUUAAGGCCGGCAAAGAGAAGGCCCAUGCUUUGUUCAAGAUUAUUGAGACCUAUCUUGUGGCCAACCCUGAUGCCUACAACUAAAAAC